AUGCGCGGAUUUACAAAUGCGAAAUCUGCUCAAGAUCCGCAUGGCAUGUUCGCCUCCGUCGAACAUCUCGAGUUUGAUGAAAUCAAUUAUAGUACCACUACGGAUAUCUUUGAAAAGCUCGUUGAGGCCCGCGGCAUUUUACGAGACGGAUCGAAUGCUGGGCGGGCGGGCUUUGUCGUGCCAAAAGGUCAAGAGGCCCCAGUCCAGUGGUUCGGCGUGCUCAGUAUUAUGGACACUAGUACACUACGCAUACAAAAUGCGAAACAAGCGACGAUCUUUGGUCUUCCAAUCGAGACGCUCAUCACAAUCUUCCGCUUUGCCAUCGAAUACCGUCGCGAUUCACGAAAUGCGAGUAAAAGAAGGCCUUCAGAGAUACUCUCUCAUGUUUGCCAUCACUUUCGGCAAGUUAUGCUAGAUCUUCCAGAGGCUUGGGCUGUUAUCGACUUUCCGCUCUUCUGGAGAAUGACAGAUCUAUUGCCUAUUAUCGCGGAAAGACGAGCGCUUGCGAAGAACCACCCACUCUAUAUCCUCGUGAGGGAUGGAGACUGUGAAAUUUGGAGCGGAAAUGUGAUCGAUGCAUUCAGCCGUGCAUUCGACGACGCAAAUAUCCACCAGCUCGCAUUCCAUCUAAACCACUUCGGCAUGCGCAUGAUUCCCCACCAGCUUACACUCACCCUUUCCCGUCCACCUCGGUCGCUCCUUCUCUGUCGGCCCCAGUACCAACGGGUUUCACCUCGCUUCGAGCCCUCACAGAGAAAAGGGGGACACUUCGCUAUAGAUCAUUGCAUUUUCUAUGGAAAUUACAUCAUGGAGGCUAUACCGUCGAUUGAGCUGGUUGACAUGACUCUCCGGUUCCAAGGCGUGAGCGAUAAGGCAAAGUUUGGGUGGACUUCUUUUACAUAUCGACGUGAACAUCUAAAGGGCGGAUUUUCUCCUGCCGUUUCACGCGACCUACUAUUCUUAUGUUGCCCUCGACUACGGAGGAUCAACAUUGACGGCAGCUUGGUGAUGGAACGAGCUUUCGGGAACAAUACCCCUUUUAAGCCUGCUUCUUCCCUCAAAGAAAUAUAUCUCUACCAGAUUAACGACAUGGAAUCGUACUGGUGCCUCGCAAGCCAACGACCUCCCCAAAUGCCACAGCUACGCAAGCUCGGUAUGAAUCUCUUCCAACUUGGUCGCCUUGUUCAGUUUCUAUCCACCAACCCAACGGUUGAGGAGCUUUCGUUCGGUCCAGAACAUCAUAGCGUUUCUACCGCCGAGAUCGCACAAAUACUCGCUGGCUAG